CGAAGGGCGGAUUUUGACGUGAAGCAGUUUACCAAGCGGUUUUUCCCGUCAUGGACGCAAAAACAGAGAAGGAAAGGACCUCCCACGGCCAGCUGAUCUCGGUGACCCGCAGAGACACCAGUCGCCUGCUGGAGGUUUACAUCAAGCGCAGCCUCAGUUUAAACGAUGGGAUACCGAGGGGCAAGAGGUCAGAGGGGAGAAACAAGUGGGUGACAAAGACUGAUAGACAGAGAAAAAUCCGCAGACACUCCAGCGACCCCUCCAUCCACCUGGCCCCCAGCCCCGGCGAGGAGCACCUCGAUGCCUUUGACGCCAACGACGCGAGUCCCAAGGAAGGGCCCGAGACGCCAAACGGCGUGUUGGAGAAGCCACCCAAAAAGAGCAAGAAGAAGAAGAAAAAGUCCUCGCUGUGGAAAAGUUUCCUGGGCCUUUUCUCCAGAAAGGGAAGUGAGGAGAAGGAAGAAGAGCAGGGGGAUCAGGUGGAGGACUCCGAUACCUCCCUGCCCCAACAGGCGGCCGAAACCUGCCUUCCUCCGCCUGUGACCCCUGAUAAUGGGCGACGCCGAAUGUCCAUUAAAAAGAGGCUGACCAAAAGGCGCCUGUCUCUGAGAAGCUCCAGCAAACGUGAAGCACGCAAGAAUCUCCUCACAGCUGACGACAUCACUGAAGUCGAAUCUGUUGUGAGUGUCGAACCUACCAACUACUACUAUGAGAAGGUUUCAGAGGAAAUGGAGAAGAUCGUAUAUGAGGUCCAAGAGAAAGACAGAAAGGUUCUCACAGAUGAGGAAGUGAUCAACAGGAUCAUUGCUUUGACCAAGCAGCAGGGAGAUGCCAUCAAUGACAAGCUGAAGGAAAACCCCACCCUGAGUAACUUCUUCCAGGGGAUGUCUUACGCCUCCUUCCAGCAGCUGGCUGACACCUAUCUGGAGACGGAGGCCUCGGCAACCCCGAGCGACCCUCACGCCGUCCCGUCCACGGCUCCUGAACUGGUGAAGCUGGCCUUCACGCUGGACUUCACGGCCAGGAUAGCUGGCCUCUCUAGACAGAGCGUAUGCCACAUUACUGGCUUGGGGAACCGCUACCUGGAGGACCGAUUUGAAUACAAACAGGCGUGCACAGAUCAUCCGUGGUCUGAAUACGACGACUGAAACGUACGAGGCCGUGACGCUGUGAAGACUCUGGUUUCGAUGAAAGCCGGUGUUUCUUAUCUUGGGAAAUUUCUCUUGACAACAACUUCACACCAUCAACCGAAGCACGGAUAAGUGCCGAUGCAAACACUGCUAUGAAUUUCAAAUGAAUAUGCUGCCAUAACCAAUUGUAAAACCAAAUGGAAAUGAAAAAAAAUAUAUAUAUAUACGUAUGUAUAUAGAGAGAGAUAGAGAGAGAGAUCCUGAGAUGUCUCACAGCUCACUUCUUCCUUACAAGAUUAGAGUCUGUAAACUGCACACAUAUUCAAUACAAUGGUACAGUAUUCCCAAGAUGACAGAAAGCUAUUUCUAACGGGGAUCCCAAAAACUGUGAUGUUUGUCUUCUUGGGACGACGGCGGUGCAGCAGCGUGACUGAUGUAUUCAUUGUAUUGGUUUGCACAGUGCAGGUUGAUUACAGCAACAACGGACAAUGCAAUAUUCUUCCCUUUUUUUUUUUGUUGUAAGCUAGACGCCCUUGUGCAAUAAAAACGUUUUUGUUUACAUUCCUGAGGACAUCUCAUAGGCCGGACGGGCCGUGGCUGUGGGAAAAGUCGUGUGAUUUCUGUAAUUGCAAGAUGUGAACGCUGGCGUUCACGUAACAAAUGCAAAUAAAUGCAAUGCAUUCGUGUAAUAAAUGCAAAGGCAUGCGAAUAAAACAUUAAUGACGUUUUUUUUUACAAUUCUUGUAUGUUUCCUUUUUUUUUCUUUUUUUUUUCCCGUAAAAACUCCCCAGACAUGUUGUGUCAUGACUGGAGUGGCGUGUCCGCUGCGUCGGGACAACAGAUUCAUGGGUGAACAGACUAAAUCCCAUGGUUAUGUCACCAGAGUGAGUAAGCACAUCCUAAAGGCUUCAGUUAUUGUACAAGUACAGUCUCCUGAUGCCACUUCUGUCACUAUAAUUGUAACGGUGUGUUUUUGUGGACACUCGUAUGUAUUGUGUGGCUGUGUUUACUGUUAUCUUUGAACACACUGAAGCAAAUUCCAAAUCAACUGUAAAGUUGAUAUGGCAAUAAAGUGCUGAAUCUUG